CAACCACAACCAACUCUCUCUCCAUCUUCAUCUCUGUGUGAAAUAAAUCAAUGCGUGUUCAGUACACACACAACACAUGUGCUCCCAGUAAUCCCCAACUCUCUCUCUCUCUACAUUAUAUAUACACACAUCCUAUACAUACAUUGCGUACAAUAUCCCCGUUGACUUUGCAGAACCACUAAGCAAUUGAACAGAUCUGGUGAACACAAGUCAAACGAACAAUGGGGAGUUACAGAGUAUGUUGCUGCUUCACCAGAAGAUUUAAGGUGACGGAAGCCGAUCCGCCGUUAGAUGUUAAAACGGCGUUUAACGACUACACUGACGGUGCGAUUCACAUGACCGCAGAUCAACUGUUAAAGUUUAUUCACGAGUGUCAAAACGGUAACGUUAACGUUAACGGUAACGGAGUUGCAGUCACGAAAACGGAGGCUGAGCGUAUUGUGGAGCAGGUUCUGCAUAAACGGCAUCCGAUUACGUCGUUAAUUAACAGGAAGACGCUUACGUUAGAGGAUUUUCAUCAUUAUUUGUUUAGUUUUGAAUUUAAUCCUCCAAUUGGAUCUCAGGUUCACCAAGAUAUGAAUCUCCCGUUAACGCAUUAUUUCAUUUACACCGGUCACAAUUCAUACUUGACUGGAAACCAGCUAAGUAGCCCUUGCAGUGAGGUCCCGAUCAUCAAAGCUUUAAAACGAGGCGUAAGAGUAAUAGAACUUGAUUUGUGGCCAAAUUCGUCUAAAGAUAGCGUGCAUGUUCUUCAUGGAAGGACCCUCACAACACCUGUGGAACUCGUAAAGUGUUUGAAAUCAAUCAAAGAGCAUGCUUUCGUAGCUUCUGAUUAUCCAGUCGUUAUCACACUCGAAGACCACCUUACACCUGAUCUUCAAGAGAAGGUGGCUCAGAUGGUGCAUGACACGUUUGGGGAGCUGCUAUACAUCCCUGAAUCAAGUGAUCUAAAAGAAUUACCAUCACCCGAAACGUUAAAGGGUCGGAUUCUAAUUUCAACAAAACCUCCAAAAGAGUACCUUGAAGCCGAAGAGGACAAGAGUACGAAAUCACAAAGGGUUAAAGAUUAUUCUGAUGAUGAUGUUUGGGGCGAAGAGCCCUCCGAGGCCACACCUUACAAAGACAAAAACAAUAAGUAUGAAAGCGAUGAAAGUGAUCAUGAUAAUGAAGAUUCAGAACACUACAUAAAGAAAGCCGAUUCGUGUCCAGCUUACAAGAAUUUGAUUGCUAUUCAUGCUGGCAAACCGAAAGGUGGUUUAGAGGAAGCACUUAAAGUUGAAAAAGAUAAAGUUAGACGCCUAAGUUUGGCCGAACAGGAAUUGGAAAAGGCUGCAGAACGCCAUCAACAGCUAAUAAUCAGGUUUACGCAACAGAAUAUUCUUAGGAUAUAUCCUAAAGGCACUCGUGUUACGUCCUCUAAUUACAAGCCACUGAUCGGUUGGCUACAUGGAGCUCAAAUGAUCGCGUUUAACAUGCAGGGAUAUGGUAGAUCGCUCUGGUUGAUGCAUGGAAUGUUUCGAGCCAAUGGAGGCUGUGGUUAUGUGAGAAAACCAGAUUUUCUGAUGCAACAUGGGCCCAAUAAUGAGGUGUUUGAUCCCAAAGCAAAGCUUCCAGUGAAGAAAAUUUUGAAGGUGAAAGUUUAUAUGGGAGAUGGAUGGCAUCUGGAUUUCAAGCAAACUCAUUUUGAUGCAUACUCCCCACCAGACUUCUACACAAGAGUGGGUAUAGCGGGAGCAGCGGCUGAUGAAAUAAUGAGAAAGACAAGAGCAAUAGAGGACUCGUGGACGCCUGUAUGGAACGAAGAGUUUACGUUUGAAUUAACGCUUCCUGAAAUCGCUUUACUUAGAAUUGAAGUACAUGAAUAUGACAUGUCUGAAAAAGAUGACUUUGCUGGUCAAACCUGUCUUCCUGUUUCCGAACUGAGGCCUGGAAUCCGCGCAGUUCCUUUGUGUGACCGCAAAGGGUAUCCCUACCCUUCCGCAAGACUUCUCAUGAAGUUCGAGUUUUUGCCUUAGAUAUCCAAGUUUACCCCGGACAUUGUCUUAAUCUUUUGAGUUUUGUAAUACAAUCGUUGUAUAUAUUAUCGUUCUUUAUCGCUGACUAAUAAGAGUAUAAGACCAUCCAAGCAUUCGUUGCUCGAUGUAUUGAACCAUUUUCGACUUUGUUGCGUUUAUGAGUUUGAUUAUUGGAUCAUGUUUUUUUUUU